UUCCCAGUCUAUCUCUUAAAUGGGAAGGAGUUUAACCAGUAAGACUGCAUUGCAUGCCUGUUAUUUCUGAGUGUAUAGCCUGUAUGACUUGCUCUUCUCCUCACUUUUGCUUCCUGAACUGUAGGAGGACAGCCAAAGAGCGCAUCUUUGGCGCUUGGUUUUAGCAGCGAUGAGCGUCUACACUCCCUACAGCGGCUACACCAAGCCAGCUCCAACUUACCCGGCGAGCUACUACGAUGAGAAACAAUACCAGCCAUAUCAGCCAUACACAGAAGGCAUCACAGACUCUGUUUAUGAGGAAAAGAAGAAGAUCGAAAAGAGGAAAAAUCAAAGUGCCAUUUGCUGUGAGGUCGUGGCCCUGAUCAUUGGGUUUAUAGGCCUGAUUGGAGUGGCUGCUGUUACAGGUUUGCCCAUGUGGAAGGUAACAGCCUUUAUCCAGGAGAACAUCAUUGUGAUGGAGACCCGCUGGGAAGGUUUGUGGAUGAACUGCUACAGACAAGCAAACAUCCGGAUGCAGUGCAAAGUGUACGACUCCCUGCUGUAUCUGCCUGCGGACCUCCAGGCUGCCAGAGGUCUGAUGUGCGCCUCUGUUGCUGUGACCACCCUGGCCCUCAUCGUUUCAGCAGUGGGGAUGAAAUGUACCAAACUGGUGGACCAUCGCGCUCGCACCAAGCAUGUGGUUCUCGUGGCAGGGGGCAGUCUCUUCCUCUUGGGCUGUGCCACCACCCUAAUUCCAGUGUCCUGGACUGGCCAUGUUAUCAUCCAAGAUUUCUACAACCCUCUGCUGAUCGAUGCCCAGCGCAGAGAGCUUGGGGAGGCUCUUUACAUUGGCUGGGUGACCUCUGCUUUGCUCUUCACUGCGGGAGUGAUCCUGCUGUGCCGCCACGCUCCCCGGACCCAGAUAGAAGAGGAAAGGGUGAUCUACAACGAGGGAAGCGUUUACCAACCUGCUUACCAACCUGCUUACUCAUACCAGCCGUACACGUACCAGCCAGAAUACAGCUACCAACCAGCUUAUUCUGCUCCUCCACCAGGGACUGUGGUUUACACUGCACGUUAGUACCAAACUGCUUUUUGAGUUUCCUUUCGAAUUCAUUAAGUUUGCUUGUUUAAUGGGAAAUGAGCCAAACCUCUCAAUACUACUCAAUACAAUUCUUCAAUGUGAAGCUCAGAUGACAGUUCUUUGACUUGUAAUGAUGAACUUAAUGUUUGAAUCGUGCAAAACCUUUUUACCCAUAUGUUUAAAGUCCCAUCAGCUGUCACGCACCUAGGUGUGUGAUAGUGGUGAGCUACAGGCACAACCACACUUGGGAACCCACCCUUUUGUGCUUUGUGUCAGGCCGGGACACAAGGACACAUUUUUCGAGUCUUUGGUAUGACUCGGCCUGAGAUUGGAACUCACAACCUUCAAAUUACAGGGUGGACGCUCUUCCACAAGGCCACUGGGCUUCCCAUAUGUUUAUCACACAUUCCUGUUUCUGUAAUAUUGUCUAAAACAAAAGCUAUGUGUUUGUAUUUACUUUGCACAAAGUGCAGACUUGUUCUUUGACAUGUGGUGCACUAAAUUCUUUGUAGAAGAAAUGUUUUUUUUUCUUAUUUUUAGAUUUGGUCAUAGGAGUGUUGUUGGCGUGUAAACUAGCAAAUGUAAAUAAAGGGAUGAAUUACA